UUUUGACAAAUCGUUAGCCGAAACCGUAAGUCCAUUUUUUGUAUUUGCGAGAAAAUCAAGUUUUUAAAUUUAAUUUGUAAAGACUUUCUGCCAGAAUGUCCGAAUGAUUUUUUAGAUAUUAUUAAAAGUUGUAUCAUUCUUGAGACUAGAGUUUUUGGACACAUACCCCAUAAAUUGUUAAUGGUUUAUUGAUAUUGAACAGAAAAAACACAAAAUGUGGACAUACGGCCUCUUCGUUCUCGGCUCACGAAAUCACAAAGAUUUAUGAAUUAUUUUAAAGGUAAUCCGUAUGAAUUAUGAGCACAGACAAAACUAUAAACCAUAAUAGUGCUUUAAGUCUUUUAUUAUCUGCAGAAAAAAUGGAGAUGCGUAAAUGGAAAGUCUUAGUUGUUUUUAGUUUCCUUGUGAUUUUUUACAUUUACUUUUUAACUAAUUUGUAUUCAAGAAUAAGUCACGAAAAAAAAAUUGAUGUUUUUAACAGCUCAUUUAAUACAGAAAAGUCGAUACAGAUACGAUUGAAAAGAUUUACUAACAAAAUACGCCAAGCAAAAAAAGUGACAAAAGCUUCUGAACCAAUAUACGCAAAAGACAGAAGAUAUAGAAAAGCAAAAAUAAAUAUCAAGCCCAAGAAACAAAAAGGAAUCUUCUCUUAUCAAACUCGUCGUUUUUUGAUAUUGACAUACACUUCUUGGUUUGGCGGCGCGUGGCCAAUCUAUUCUUCAUCUAAAUGCAGCUUCAAUACAUCUAUGUUUCAAAUGACGCAAAAUAAAGAACUGUUAAAUAUCAGCCAAGUUGUGAUGUUUCACUCGCGUGACAUGCCAUCAAUACAAGAGUUGGAAAAACUAAACAGUUUUCGUGGAAAAGAGCAGCUAUGGAUUUAUUUUACAAUGGAGUCUAUUUACAAUAAUCCUAGUGUAUACAAUAUAGACCAAUACUUUAAUGCAACUGCAACAUAUGGAACAGACACCGAUAUUCCAAUGCCUUACAGGUAUCAUAGCAGGAAGCAUCAUGUAAAUGACAGUAUUAGCAAAAAUUAUUUUUUAAAUAAAAAAAAUAUGGUAGUCUGGCUAGUUAGCAAUUGCCAUUGUUAUGCUAGAAACGAACUUGCAUUAAAACUAAUGUCUUACGGUGUUGAUAUAAAAAUUAUUGGUAAGUGUUCGGGUUUUUUUUCAAGAAAACUGUCUUCAAUGUGCAAAAAUAAACUGUGCUUUAAACCCGUUUUUCAACAAUAUUUUAAACAGUACCUUCGUAGUUUUAAAUUUUUUUUUUCUGCUGAGAACUCAUUAUGUGACGGCUAUAUUACGGAAAAGUACUGGGAAUCUGGUCUUGAUAAUGAGUUGAUACCAAUAGUGUUAGGAGGAUCCAACUAUUCUGAUCCAAAAUUAGCUAUUCCAGGCUCUUUUAUUGAUGCAAUGUCAUUCGAUUCUCCUAAAGCUUUGGCCAAUUAUAUUUUAGAUGUUAGUUCAAAUUCUACGAAAUAUAAUUCUUUCUUCGAAUGGAAAAAAAACUGGCAGUUAGAUAGUUCUAGUAGAUUUUGCAUGCUUUGUGAUAAAUUAAGAAAAGGUUUUAAUCUUCGAGCGAAUCCUUUAAUUAAAACUAUGGAUAUAGAAAAAUGUAUCAAACCUCAAGAAAAGUUUAACAUUUGGAUAAAUAAAAGUUAAAAAGAUCAAUAUAUAGAAUAAAAAAAUUUAAAGCAUUUUUUUAAUUUAUUUUAUAAUGGAUUAUGUAUUUUCACAAAU